CGGUGUCCGUGAUGUCACGAGUAGCCGGUGAAACCCAACACCAGCAGCUGGUUGGAGCACUUCUGGCUCCACUCGGGUCCCGCUGCAUCACUAGUGCAAGUCAAGGCACAUAGCAGGAGCCAGCGCCUGGAGGGAGAGACGCGCGGAUCUGGGAGACUCUCGAGAGAGAAGCGGUGGCCGCGAGUGACACUCCACCUCCGCCGCGUCUUCGGCUCCUUUCCUCCAUGCAACUGCUGCGCGUCCCCGGUUUGGACAGUCAGAGCCGGAGGAGUGCGCGCCGCGGAGCGCAGAUGAUCUGAGGUCCGCGGAGAUCUGCGCUUCCAGAUACGAUGUGGAAACUCUGAGGUGGCGUUCUCUGUCUUCCUGCGGCUGCCAGACGUGAAACGGCUUUGCUCAUGAGCAGGCGUCCGCUCCAGUGCGAUUCUGUUUUCACCCUGAUCUCUGCUGCCUGGACAAAUGCAUACAAAUGCAUUUAGGAGCUCAACGGACAAGGAGUGGACACGUUUCCGCGGCAGCAACGUGGAACCUUCUCCUGCUCCUGUCAGUAUGCUCAGCAGUACUAUCUGGAGAAGACAGCCACCUUGUCCAAGGAGUGGACAUCCUCUCUCGAUUGGGGCUCACAGAGCAGAGCAGCGGACGCGAUCCUUACGAAGGGACCACCACUCACACCACAGUUCCGUCUCUGAACAACCCGCAUUCUGGAUAUGGAAUAAUUCUUGACUCAAACUCUUUUUAUGAGGCUCCUGCCCCAAGUCUGUUCACGCCAGACAUUGGUGCAGAGUUCUCCAUUGUCAUCAGCCUUAGCUCCUGGAGAGCAAACAAUGCUUUUCUUUUCAGCGUCAGAGACAGCAGGGACGGACUGCGAUUUGGAAUCCAGCUGCUGCCUCGCAGAGUGGUGGUCUAUACUGCAGACAAGGCCUCCAUCUACUUCUCCUACAACUGGCAGGAUGGACGCCAGCAUCCUUUUGCCAUCGGGGUUCACGCACACUCGGUGUCCUUCUAUGCGGAUUGUGGAGCAGUGCACUACAGAGAGCAGACUCUGAGGAGAGCUCAGACUCUGUGGGACUCGGAGGGUCUCUUCACUUUAGGAAGGAUGAACUCCAAAGCAGUGCCAUUCGGUGGUCGGGUCUGCCAACUGGAUAUCUAUCCCUCAGCACAAGCUGCUGCACACUACUGCAACUACCUUAAAAAACAGUGCCGGCUGGCCGACACUUACCGAUUGGCCACGAUGAAUCCUGGUUUGGAUGCCAAGGUAACCGAUCCCCCUCAUCAACCCUCUUUGCCGUCACAACUCGGAAUGGCCGCUACCUUUCAGACUCCGCUAACAUCUACUGAAGCUGGGGACGUUUCUCUCGGCAGUCUGGGAAACCGCAGUCACAUCUCAAGUUCGGAACUAGUCAUCCAUUCCACUGUAUCCUCGACUGAGCCUGACACCCCCAUUUUAGCUACUGUCGGCGUGCAGGAUGUGCCGAGCGUCAAGCCAAGCGAAGAACCCCACAACACCCAUGAGCAGUUGGAGAACAACACUGAAGGCGGAAGUGGGGUGCUUGCCAUUGCGGAUGCUACCCCAGACCUGAGUUCCCCUGUCAGGCAGCAUCAUGUGAAGGAAGUGCUCAGAAACAGCUCAACUCCACUUGACUCCAGCUUCGAACCACAGCUUGUCCACCAGUUUUCGGAGACCCAUCGGAGACUGAAUGGCACCACUUUGUACCGUGAAAAUCAGGAUGACUCCUUGGACAGCUUUGAUCCUGACGGCAGCUACGAAGACACCGGUGGUGGCGGCUAUGACUAUGGAUACGAGGAGCCAGAGAUCUUCUACGACUACGAGUAUGGCUUAAAUGGUCCCAAAGGAGAGCCGGGUCCUCCGGGUCCUCCAGGUCCGCCCGGUUUACCUGGUCCUCCCGGGAAAAGAGGCUCACGGGGCCCCACUGGUCCUCAUGGAAACCCAGGCGCACCCGGACCACCUGGACCAAAAGGUGCGAAGGGUGAUCCAGGACUGAGUCCAGGACAAGCGCCGCAGGGACCCAAGGGCGACAGGGGUCCACCGGGUCUUUCCGGUCCAGAAGGUUUUCCAGGUCUCCCGGGUCCUAAAGGUCAUCAAGGACCACCCGGCCUGCCAGGCGAGCAAGGUGUAGCAGGACCUCCUGGGGAAACUGGGGCUGCAGGUUACCCUGGCAGGCAGGGUGCAGCUGGACCAGAAGGGAUGGAGGGGACGAAAGGCAUUCGUGGUUUUAUUGGACUUCCGGGUGUAUCUGGGCCACCAGGACUCGAAGGCGAGAGAGGAAUUCCUGGUCCCCCUGGAAAACCUGGCCCCAAAGGAAGACAUGGUGUGGUGGGUGAUGUCGGGGAGAGGGGUCCUACCGGUCCUGAUGGCAAAGAGGGUCCCGUCGGUGGAACUGGAAUCGGUGGCUUUCCGGGUUUGAGGGGGGACCUGGGCCUGGAGGGACCGCGUGGACUCCCUGGUCUUGGUGGACCCCAGGGCCCGGGAGGACGGUCUGGCCCGCCUGGAUUGAAAGGUGAUAAGGGUGAAGUGGGACAUAGGGGAGAACCAGGAGAAAUGGGUUAUCAAGGCGAUAAGGGUGCCAUCGGCCUCCCUGGUCUGACUGGUCCAAGAGGAAAACCUGGACCUGUGGGUCAAGUUGGAGACAUGGGCCUGCAGGGACCACCUGGGCCUCCAGGACCAGAGGGAUUUCCUGGAGACAUUGGAAUACCAGGGCCAAAUGGUCCACCUGGACCAAAGGGAUUGCUUGGUGCGAGAGGUCCCCCAGGGCCACCGGGGCCGAAGGGCACUGAGGGUGACGAAGGACCACUUGGCCCACCAGGCAGUCCCGGCCCAACUGGAAGACCAGGAAGGAAAGGCUACGUUGGCGAACCUGGUCCUGAUGGUCUGCUUGGAGAGAAGGGGGACAUGGGAAAUGUUGGGAAGAUUGGACCCCAAGGUGCCGUGGGCCUGAUUGGAGUACCUGGAGUCGUAGGAGUUCCUGGUGAAAAGGGUGACAGAGGGCCAGGAGGGCCGACCGGCCCUGUUGGGGAGAAAGGUCCGAGGGGUUAUCCUGGAUUGCCAGGAAGUCCAGGUGACAUUGGAAUGCAAGGGUCACCGGGUCCACAAGGUCAGAGAGGAAGCCCAGGGACCCCAGGGCCAAAGGGAAGGAGGGGACCACGAGGUGCAGAUGGGCCCCUGGGAGAGCCUGGUCCUGAGGGCCCCAAGGGGGAGCGAGGUGACGUGGGAGUUAAAGGAGAGCCAGGAUUCAUUGGGAAGGCUGGUGGUCAAGGGGAGAGAGGACCGCCUGGAAAGCCAGGAAAGCCAGGUAUUCCAGGCAGCACUGGUGAGAGAGGACCCCACGGCGAAGCUGGACUCAAAGGCCCGCCGGGAGAGCCAGGACCCGAUGGAGAGCAAGGCCCUGAAGGUGGACCAGGUGAUGAGGGUGAACAGGGUCCUGCUGGAGAGAGGGGGUCAAAGGGUAAUGAAGGUCCCCCGGGAGAAGAAGGAGAGCAGGGAUCUGAGGGGCUGAGAGGUCCUCUUGGUCCUCCGGGGGAAGAUGGCCCACAAGGGAAAGAUGGACCAAAGGGUGAGCCCGGAGAGCCUGGACCGAUUGGAGAGACGGGGGACAAGGGUGUCGAAGGUGACCCCGGACCUCCAGGACCACCCGGGGAGCCUGGCAAACAAGGCUUUCGUGGUCCAGAGGGAAAACUCGGCCCCCCAGGAAAUAGAGGACGGCAUGGCAAGAAGGGCGAGAAAGGUCCUCCUGGUCUUGCUGGUGAACUCGGUGACCGCGGUGAAAACGGCCAACCAGGCGAGGCUGGGCUGAAAGGUGCCAGAGGAACUCGUGGACCACCAGGCCAGCCUGGAGUCAUGGGGAUGGAGGGGCAGCCCGGACUGGCAGGAUACGCAGGUCACCCUGGCAAGCCCGGGCCUAUCGGACCACCUGGGCCUAAAGGUGAAAAGGGUUAUCCAGGAGAAGACAAUAAGACCCCAGGACCUCCAGGGCCCUUAGGUGAACCAGGGCCCACAGGUGAACGAGGAGAGCGUGGAGAGCCUGGCGAGGAAGGCUACCAGGGUCAUGCUGGUGUCACUGGACCUCGAGGGGCUGUUGGGUCACCAGGCCUGCCGGGUUCGCCUGGGUUACGAGGAGAACAAGGUCCUAAAGGGGAAACUGGUGCUUCGGGCUCAGCGGGAAAGAAAGGAGCGAGGGGAUUGAGAGGAGCACCAGGAGUUGAAGGGGCUUUUGGCUUACCUGGACUGGUGGGACCGAUUGGUUACCCUGGACCUGAUGGUCCACCAGGACUGACUGGCUUACCUGGACUCCCUGGGAAAAGAGGACGCAAGGGGCAGAGAGGUUUGGUGGGACAGGAGGGACCUGCUGGACGCCCAGGUCCAAGAGGAGAGGCAGGGCUCCCCGGACCACCUGGAGAUGUCGGACCACCUGGACAGAAGGGAGCAAUUGGCCUGCCAGGAGACAGGGGUUCUGCAGGGUUUAAAGGUUUAGAGGGGACCACUGGUGAUCAGGGAAGGAAGGGAGACCCAGGGGCAAAGGGGCAACAAGGAGAGGCUGGUGAUCCGGGGCUGGUUGGUUUGCAAGGUUUUCCGGGUCCAAAGGGUCCUGAUGGAGAUUUGGGUUUGAAAGGUUUUCCAGGUCCCAAAGGUCCCUCGGGCCCUCUGGGAUUCACUGGACCGGUUGGCCCUGAAGGUGUCAUGGGCCCCAUUGGAAGGCCUGGCCCCAGAGGACCGAAGGGAGGCAGUGGUGAAAUGGGCCCUCAAGGACCUCAAGGCAAUCCUGGACCAAGGGGCCCCCCUGGAGCUCCAGGUCCAUCAAGGCUGUUAUACGACGAGUCUGCUUUCUACGGCGCAUCUGAUUCUACCACUGCACACAGGAUGGAGAAUUUCCAGAACACUGAGAUGAGUCUACCAGACCAAAACUCAGAGAUCCUAAAGACUCUCCACUACCUGAGCAGUGUGAUCGAGAGUAUCAAAAAGCCUGUGGGAACGCGAGAGAACCCGACCCGGGUGUGCAAAGACCUGAUGGACUGUCAUCACAAGCCCAAAGACGGUUGGUUCUGGAUUGAUCCAAAUCUCGGCUGCACUUCCGACGCCUUCCAGGUCUUUUGCAACUUCACCGCAGGAGGUCAGACCUGUGUGCACCCACUGGCCCCCAACAAGAUGGUAUUUGCUGCCGGGAAAGUCCAAAUGAAGUUUCUCCAUCUACUGAGCUCCGAAGCCAGCCAAAGCAUCACGCUCCAUUGCCGAGCGGAUCCUGCCAACAGCACCACUGACAGCUUCAGCGCCACUGGACCAGAACCAACGGAGGACGUCAGACUUCGGUUUCGUGGCUGGAACAAACAGAUGUUUGAAAAAGACACACUACUUGAACCACAUGUGCUGCAGGAUGAGUGCAAGAUCCGAGACGGCAGCUGGCACCAGUCACGCUUCUUCUUCCACACUCAGGACAGUUAUCAGCUCCCCAUCGUCGGCGUCGAGGAACCUCUCACGCCGCACCCCAAAAGUCAGCGAAGCAUAGAACUGGGUCCGGUCUGCUUCCUUUGAUGUUCUACAGGACCCGCUUUGGACAAAACUGACGACCCGGUGGAAGCAAAACAGACCAGUGUGUAUCGCUAUUUAUCAGUUAGUCGUGCUGAGUCAUUGGCAGUCAAGUGGUGCUCGGGUUGACUGAACACGGACCCACAUGAGCUCCGUGACACAACAACCUCUCAUCGUCGCUGGCGUAAGCAGGGGGCCGCCACCGAAGGAGCCCUCCGGAUGAGCACUGUCAAAGGUUCAGUGCCAACAGCAUGUGGACAUGCUGCCACCGACUCCCCACAGUCUCCAGCCCCGCCCGGUCCUGCUUGUCACGACAGAUGGCGCUCUACCUCUACCUGCUCUUGUGCUUCCUGGAUCAGUUGCUGACGUCAUAAAAAAAUAUAUUUUAACUGUGUUGUAUGUACCGGUUACAUCGAGAUUUGUUUGUGUUCUUGUUUUGAUCUGGUCACUUGUAAUUUAUGAUUUUAACACACGUCACGUUUCUGAUUCUUCAGGGGAAACCUGUCAUUGGUGCUGCAACCUCCGUCAGUUAUCACUCACCUGUCCUGUGUAUAUAUUGGCAACAUACUGUAUGUUAAUUUAUAACCUUUUGUCUUUGUGUUAUCACAUUACUGUACCGCAGUAAAUUAUACUCUCAGAUUCAAAGUAUUUAAGCAGUGUGCGCGGGGAGGGCCGAGUGACUGGCAGCUACAGACGGCCUGAAAACACACUUUAAAUUAUAUCACAAAUAUCUAAAGUCUGUAGAGGUUGAUGUCGAAUAUGUAAAUAAUAAAUGUCACA